AAAAAGUGGCAAGACAAACGCAGCACCGCACACAGUAAAGCAAAGCAAAAGGACUCCUCUCUUCCUUUCUUUUCUCUUCCCUCACCAGAAUUUUUUGAGAGGAUCGUGGAGGAUCUUAUAUGCACAAGAACCAUUUGGGUGAGGUUUUUAUACACCAUGGAUCACAAGUCGGCUGAGGCUUUCCAUGAUAGAUAUGAAAAGUUCAACAGAGCCUUCCAAUUAGAAGACAAGCUAGAUACUGAUGAAAACAGAACAAGGGAUGAAGCAGCCGAAUCCAAUUGUUCCAAGAAUGAUGUGAAAGAUAUUCCAAGACCUGGUCCAAGUACUCCGGUAGAUAACAGGAAAGUUAACUUGGUUGAUUGGAGAGCGCAGGAACUUGCUUCUCCAAAUUCUCCUAUGGAUGAGAACAGAUCUGGGGAAGCAAACAUGGAGGCUUCCAUAACACAAGAUGAUGUUAUAAGGGCUGGUGGCUUUGGAGCUAGAGAUGAUAUAAGUAGCUUUCUUCCUGUUGCAAGUGAUUCAACUGACUUUGAAGCAUCAAUCCUUGAUGCUAGAAACUAUGAAGAGCCUCAGGGAGAAAUACACAGACCAGGCCUUGGCUGGACAGAAGCAACAGAAAGGAAGUAGCUCUUUUGUCAAUCCUUGAGACCUAGUUGCCAUGGACAGUCUUUUUCUGGUGUUUAUGGCCUCUGACAUGUUGUGGUGUGCUUAACAUGUAACUCAGUGGUUUGGAUAAAUUAUCAAUUUCAUGUUUCUGUAUGCAUAAUUUGGCAUGAAUGUGUUAGAGACAGAUGCUUUCGCCUUGCUCGAAGAAAUAAAAGAAAUUUAAUUUCA